AUGGAAUACGGAUGUGGCUCUGAAGAGGAUCAAGAUAAUGAGGAAGCAGAGUUGCGGAAGGAAGUCGUGAGAUUACGAAACCUGCUCAGGAGAAUGAGUGGUUUAGACGACGAUGCGACUUUCACUGAGCUGCGAGCACUUGAAAGUUGUCUAAAGGAUUUCAGGAAGAAGGAAACAGAGGAUGAGAAUGAUGGUCCAAGGAGAGGGGUUUCAAGGAGAUGGCCCAGAGGGGUUUCGGCUCUCUCUAGGAGCAGCUCUGAAGAAAAAAGACAGGAGGAAGAACAAGAUGAAGAAAAAAUACCGAAGGAGGAAGCACAACUGAGAAUGGAGAGGAGAUUCGAGAGACUAAAGUCUGAAUCUUUGCAGAGCAAAUAUGAGAGAUUGUGGCUUUUCAAGGAGCAUAUGAAUUGUAGAGAGAUCGAAAAUAUGAAUUCCUACGUCGAUCUGUGCUCACUUGAAACUGAGAUAAUACGUGCUUUGAUUGAUGUGAGGGACCAAAUGAAGAGACCAGGACAGGAAAAAGAGGCUGUGGAAGAGAAGAUGAAGCCGCAGAGGAGGCGAAGAGAUGUGACGAAGCAACACGUGAGAGUGCUCUGCGAUUUCUGCGGAUCAUCCAGCAGUAAAAGAUAUGAACAAUUUCCACAAAAACAAGAAGUUGAAUCACUGUCUUUGGAGAGUGAACUCAAGAGAUUACGGCUUCUGACCAGGAGAAUGACUGGUAAUGAUUUGGACGGUUUGAAUUUCGCUGAGCUUCAAUCACAACAAUCCCAACUAAGGGAAGCCUUGCCCAUUGUGAGGAACCAACUAAAGAUAAAGCUGGAAGAGGAAGAAACGCUGCACAAACAGAAGAGGGAAGCAUGGGAUAAGGAUGAAGCUGCGAUGAGAAGGUAA